CUAUAACAACCUUAUGGCGGAAAUACCACGUGAAGUGCUACGUUGGCUACUAACAUUAGAUAUUAAUCUGGAACACAGAAACCUAAAUGGUGUGUUUCCAAUGGUAUUCUAGUGGCUGAAAUUUUGCACAAUUACCAACCGAAAACGGUGAAUCUUGGGAAAUUUAUUGAUGGACAGAGUAUAAAAGUCAAGCUACAUAACUGGAACAUGAUUCAAGAGGUUUUUAACUCAAUAGUUUUUUAGUCACCUUAGAUACUACAACGUUUGUGCAUCUAUCUGCCACCAGAUAUUAUUGAAUGUGCCGCCCAUAACAAAAGAAAUGCAGGAAUUAUUCUUUUGACCACUCUUCACGAAAUGUUUUCAAAGAAGAAAGUGAAGGAAGGCCUAGCAAACUUCGACCCUACAGAUCUAGAAUACCAAUUUUCUUUACCAAUCUAUGCUAGAUCAUGUCUAGCGAAGUUCAUUAAAGAUAACCUAACUUCUUCAGAAAUGGAAACUACACCAGAUUUAUUUACUAAUCAAAAAAAGGUUCAACUGUUAGCUCUGGCCUACAAGAAUAUGAAAAUUACUGAGAGAAUGGAAGAACCAUGGAGAUUUAAAGUAUCACGGUCGUUAGCGUCACAAUGUCAACGUUCUGAUUCGUCAAAACCAAACAAAAAGCCACGUGCUGAAGGUGCAGGCACUAUGAUGUGCAGUGAGCCAAUUGAUGGUAGGUGUCGCCUUCGCGUUUUCUCAUGUCAGUCCAAGAAAUGUUAGACGUUAAUCCUUUUUGACGUUUGCUCCUUGAAAGACGUUGAUGGUGAUGAAGUGCUUACUAAGGAGUCAAGUUAAUCUCACUUUGUGAAACAGAAAACAUAGACCCAAAUCGAUGUUUUUCUAAAUGAAUAACGGAUAAAGGAACAGACACGAUUCGCUUUGUUACCAACUAGUGCUUUUUAUCUUUUCUACACACAGCUGCACCGGGACUUUGAAUAGUUGAACAGUUGACUAAAAAACACUAUUAAACGAUGAUGUAAUAACAAUCCAGCCAAAGCAACAAACUUUAUGAGUAAAUCUGAAGUGACAAACCCGUAAAUCAUAUUGUUAUUUGUCAUAAACCUCACUGACUUUUAUUUCUAUUAACGUCAUAAAUAUUCCUUAGA